CGCUAUCAUCUCCGGUGGCACUGUUGCGUCCUGGGUACGGAACACCCCCCCACCAAAUAGGGAGGAGUGGUAUCGCCGGCAGAAGGACAAGUCUGCUGCAGUUGGAGUGCACUUCCCGGACGCGGCGCGCGGCCUGCUGAGUCACUGCAAGAAAAUGAUUAUUCCCGUCAGAUGCUUCACUUGUGGCAAAAUAGUUGGAAAUAAGUGGGAAGCAUAUCUUGGCCUUCUCCAAGCAGAAUAUACAGAAGGGGAUGCCCUGGACGCCCUAGGAUUGAAAAGGUACUGUUGCCGCCGAAUGCUGCUAGCCCACGUGGAUCUGAUUGAGAAGCUCUUGAAUUAUGCCCCUCUGGAGAAAUAAGCAGUGGGUGGAAGCUUUCAUACUGCAGCCAUAUGGCCCAGAAAACACCACUAGCAAGCUUCCAGCUGGACUCUUUAGGAAUUGGAGAGAUGCAAACCAUCCACGCAGCAGCCAAUGAAGGAUUUCACUUUCCAGCCAUAAUACUGCUCCCCACUAAUCUCUUCUAAGGAAGCAUCUUAGGGUUUUUGUUUUGUUUUUUGGUUGGUUGGGUUGGGUUUUUAAGCCUGACAGUAAAGUAGGCAGCUUUCUUCCCUCUUUUCCCUUUGCUUCAUUAUUGUUAAGAAAUGUUCUCCCAGUGAAAAAGUAUUUAAUAAAGUAUUUUUAUGGAAUGUA